AUGGCUGAGACAGUAGAUGUAAUGCCAAGAGAUGAAGAGGAGAUCCAAAAUGACAGUGGUGAUGAAGACCCAUUUCAGAAUCGUGGUGUUGUAAUGGCAUCCCCCCGUUGCUCAGCCAGCCCUUUGUUAGCCAGCCUUAAUGAAGACAAGGGAAGCUCAGCAGUGCCAGAAAGACUGUCUGUCCUCUCCAGCAAAGCUGUGGCCCAAGCAAAAGCCCUUGCUGACCCAGAGAUGGUUAGCAGUAGCCAGGCACAGAGGGCAGCCUCUGGCUUGGCCGAGCAUCAUCCAACAGCUAUAAAUGCAUCACUAGGCGGCUUGUCACACCCAGCGGCUAUCGGUAACCUGCAGCCUGUGAAUAUUGCAUCCCCAUGCUCUGAAAGCCCCUGCUGCGAUGGUGACCUGAGUUUGGAGGUGUCCCAGGUCCCAAGGGUGCCUGGCAGGGCCAGCGAGCCCCCGCAGGCUGUCAUUGUCCUGCCUGGGAGCGACCCCGGGGGCUGCCACUUGCCGCAGGCAGGGAGCAACACUAAGGGCGAUAUGGGUCCUUGUAGUCUGGGCCGGGUGAUUUGGACGAAGACCACUAAAGUAGUGGAGACCUUAGAAAAUAAGAAAAAGGAGGAAAAGGAGAAGUACCGGCUCCAGCUAGCUAUGUACCGACGGCUUCUGCUGUUGCGCUCGAUCAGGAGCUUGCAUAAGCAGCUGGAGCAGCAGCAGGCCAGAUUGCAGGGAUGCUACGGCACUAUAAUAAAUACCAAGAAAGAAGUGUUGAAACACAUUCGCUCAACCUCGCCCUCACCUUCGCCAUAA